ACUUACUUUGAACCUGUGGAUAUAUAUCAUAAGAUAUAUCCAUGUUUAACAGGUUUAAUACUAAUCUACUCAGAUUUAUUAACGUUGGAGAUUAGUGUGGGAUUAAAUGCGUAGAGAAUAGAAUAUUUCCGCCAAAUGGUUAAAGACACAUUAACUCUAUCACGUACAGAGUACAAUUGUUAAAGCUUUUAAAUCUUUAAGAAAAAACACUGUGUGAACCAGCAGUUUGUAAAAAUAACUAUCAUGUUACAAUAAUUAUAUUGGGGGAUGACAAUUAUUUUAAACGGUGGUGCAUAAUAACUACUUAAUUUUACAAUAUACGAUCGUGUUAUUUUAACUUUUUAUGAAGUUUUUUAAAUAUGAUUAUUUUAUUUACUUAUAAAGAUUGGAGAAAUGGAGUAAAUAUGAACAUUUUUGUAUCAGAAUGCGAUCGUAUCAACACUACUUGGAUAUAAUCUAAGAUCAUUAAAAUGAAGACCCCUACUUACAGAAUUGAUGGAUAUCCAGAUGAUCCGAUGGAAAUACCCGACUACGACGGCUUUUCAAGGUUGUCUCCCCAGGGUAUUUACCCAGGGUUUGAGGAUCCGUACCGAUGUCCAGUCUCCACGCCGACCGUGAACCGCAGGCAGAACUUCAAAUCCCCUAAUCAUCAGCCACCAUUCAUGACAUUUACAAGUAUGAAUCGGAGCCUACAAAUCCCAAAUAACAUUUCUGUCCCUAAAUAUAAGUCCAAGUAUACAAAAUCUAGCAGACCCACGGCUAAAGCGCAAAAUAAAAACUUUGAUUGCUACUUUGUGAGAAAUAUUGACAAAACUGUUCACAUUGAUGCCCAGACGCAGUCAACAUGGCUAAGCACGCUUUGUGCCCAACCUGUUGAUGAAAUAUUCACUAAAUACAAGCGAAAGUCCGAAGGGGUUAAAAUAUCGCAGCAGGUUUCGAGGAGCGGUAAUUCAACGCCAGGUGAGAAAGCUCUCUUAUCUGCUUGGUCAAGUAAUGCAUCAAACCGGCGCUCUUAUUCGGGCAUGUCGAAAUCUACAAAAUCGGUUCAUACAAAAACAACAGCAAGAAGUUCUAGAACAUCUUUUGUGGAUCCCAAUCUUCGCAUUCAAGGUUUCGAUUCCGACCAUGAUAGAAUGUCCACAAAUGUAGGUUUUGCACUACUACCCGCAUCACCAACUAGUUACGACGGUGAUGAUACAACGGUUUCUUCGAGAGCGUCGCCACUGUUUCAUAAAGUGUUCAGAAAUCAUGUGAAUCAAAACAGUGCAGACCACGUCGGUCACGUAAAUACAAAUGUGUAUGCACAAUACCAAAGGGACAAACGGUUUCCAGAAAUCCGUCCAAGAAAGUCAGCAUUGUCACCCACAAGGAAACGAAUUGUUUCGGACUCAAAGGAGACUCAUUCUAUGUCAAUGACUUAUCCAACAAAUCCAUAUGAUCUUGAAGAAAGUCCGAUGCAUAUUGUUCAGCUUGGUCAUGGAUUGCAUGAAAAGCCAACAUCUGCUAAAGCAACAGUUCAAAAUGAGUGUCCAUAUCGGUUACCAAAAGCGUUGUCGAUGUCACUUCCGGAAUUACAAGGCACCGGUUGAACAGUAAAAAGAAGGUGCCAAAUAUUUGUAUGCAUAAAGUUUUUGUUAGAAAGUGAACUGAUAACUUUAUAAUAUUUCUUUCUAGGCAUUUUCUAGUGCUUCACCAUAAAUAAAAAAAAAACAUCAUGCUAAAACUAGAAGAGAAGUAAGUAAAGAGGAAGAGAUAUUUAAUGAGAAGUUCACUUUAUAUUAAAGUCAUCGCUAAGCCUUUUAUAACGCUAAAAGAAUUGUUUAGAUAUAGCAGUUUGAAAUUCAAGUAAAUGGCAAUCAUGUAGGCAGCCAUUUUACUGUGGUUAUGAUGUAAUUUACACACUGCUAGAUUUUAUAAUUAGAAAAUGCCAUUUUAAAUGAAUUAAUUUCUAAAGUUUAUUAAGUUAAAGAUAUAUCGCAUAAUAAUUUGAUGGAAAAAGAAGACACAUUGCUUUACACAGUUUAAUCAAUAAAAGAUAAUAGGUAAGGGUAGAUUUCUCGGAAGCACAGAGCACCAAAAAGUUCUCAAAAAUAAUCCACCAUUUCGUUCUAUCGUGCGAUCGAAAACAAAAUGGUUAAGUUUCAUCAAAUAUUGAAAUGUUCGUAACUUUCUCAUUUUUCAGUAUCUUUCACUUUCUUAAAUGAAACAAGUAGACCUGUCAGACAGGAAUAACAUUGUCUUUCAGUUUUAUACGGGCGUCAUGGCUCAGAUAUGUUUUGCUAGAAGACAAUUUCAAACACUACUUCAUCGCAUGUUUAUCAUUAAAAUUCAUAGUGAAAAUCUUUGUUCUGUGUAAACGAAGGAUGCGGGAAGAGACUAUUCUCCUACCGGGAUUAAAUCACUGACUUACGUCACAAGGAAACUGACAGAUAAGUACAUAAGUACUCUAUAUAAGUAACUGCGAAACUGAAGGUUUCAAUAGACCUGGAAUUUGUGUCGUUUUCUUGUCGUGUGUCUUCCCGACUGAUUUGAAGCAGUUGGUAAAAAAUAUAAUUUACGAAUCUUUAAACUGUAUCAUGACAAUGAAUUGAAAUGAAUACUAGAAUAAAUAUAACAUUAA